UUCUGUUUAUAUAUGUAUAUGUUUAUGUUCGUAGGUUUUGUUCUGAUGUCAUACGCCGGAGCGUCGCAUGCAGGGGGCGCUACAGCAGCACAAAUCAAACCCACACGUCAACUACAUCUCGAGUUUGUCCUAAAAGGGAUUUUAAAUCUAAAAGUGGCCGUUUUUCGUGUUUGACACACUGAAUAUCAUUCGAGUUGAUAUAUAGUUGAGAUGCUCAUUACUGUGAAUAGGUUUUAGCAGCAGUAACGUAUGAUGAUGAUGAUGAUGAUGAUGAUGAUAUUGAUGUGGAAGUGUUUGAGGAAAGAUCUCGGGGAUUUUCAGAGAAGUGAUACGCGGUUUCUACAGAAGCGAGAAACGAACCGCAACACUUCAACCCUUUAAUGCUCUUCAAACGAGAAAAAAGAAAGAAAACGGAAAGCUUUUAUCUGAAACAUCUCUUUGAGUAAAUGAGUGAUGUUUUAUCUAGAAAUCCGAUCAGAUGAGAUCAGACUCAAGUUUUUGUUGACUUGAAGAGGACUUACAGAUGUGUGCCGGGAGGAGAUGGCCAGGAUGCUAAUUCUGAUGAUGAUGAUGAUCCUGCAUUUAUCCCUCACAGAUCAAAGUUUACUGUGUCAUCAUGAUUAUUUCAACACAUUCACAUGCAUGUGGAACAUUUCCAAACUAGAUCUCCGUCCGCCCAUCACAGCUGCCACAAACUGCACCCUGCAUGUGUAUGUUAAAAAAGCUUUGAAGACUUAUUUUAAAUCACAGCGAAUGACCAUGAAGAGUUCAGAGGUCAACAUCCUUACGGCCAGCGUUGAGUUUAACAAAAGGGAUGGAAUAAUAAUAGGUGCCGCCAACAUCUCUCAAAAUGUGACGUGUGAGAAUCAUAAGAAUCUCGUGGCUCAGACACAACAACACAAAGCCAAAGAGAGCGUAGUGAAAGUGUUUCCUCCUGUGGAGCUGAAGGUGGACGGGUUCAAUGUUUCGUGGCGUCGUGGAACUCCUCUGAAGAGCAGUUUGAAGGGUCAGGACUUUGAGCUGCAGUUCAGAUCUGAUGAGCAAAGCUGGACGGAUGUGGAGAGCACUCAUGUGACGGAGCUUCGUGUGGAGCUUCAGGAGGAUUCACUGGUCUUAGAUCAGCGCUAUGUGCUCAGGGUGAGAGCUAAACUCUCCGGUCAAACUACCGCCAUCUGGAGCGACUGGAGCACAGAGUACAAGUGGACCUCUAAAGUGGGUAAACCACACCCCCCACCCGUCGCUGGUGAUUCUCUGGAGCUGAACUGGUCUUCACUUGUCAUCUGGAUCACUCUCACAGGAAUGGCUCUCGCUCUCAUGUUAAUCCUCAGCCUUCUCUUCAAAUAUAACAGACGCAAAUGGCUGCAGAAGAUGCGUUCUUCAUAUAUUCCUGAUCCCAGCAAAUACUUCACCGAUUUAAACUCGCAUCAUACAGGAAACUUCAAAUCUUGGCUGGGUUCAGCGUUCGCUCUUGAUCACUUCAUCGCAGUCGACUCUGAGUUGGUCAGUCCGGUGGAGGUGGUGAAGCUUCAGGAUGCUCUCGACUCUCGUCUCGUGGACAGACACGGCGACGCUUCGAGGGACGGAUGGGAAAACACCUCCAAAACCUCGAACUUCUCAAACUCCACCUACUUUCUGUCUCAGAGCUCAAAGGGGCCCGUGGACGCUCUUGAACCCUGCUCGGCGCACUGCUCUUACGGCCCUGCGGGGGGCAUCGGCGGCCCGGGAGAGGGCCUCCAGAACAGCGCCGACGUCGCUCGCGGUGCCGGGGAGAGCAACGAAACGUCUGAGCUGGAGAAGAGGCUGGAGCAGCUCCGGCAGGACACUCAGAGUCCGGAUUCGGGGUUCGCCGCGGGGGCUGAGGACAGCAUGGAGGAGACGGAGCUCCCCAGUCCUCGCCCCCUCCUGAACCUGCCCGCCCCGCACCCAGACAAACACCUCCCGCUGAGCUGGGAGCAGACGCCUCUUGUACCAGGACCCAUCCGUCUGAUUCCCCACAUAGACUUGGACCUGAAGCUUUUCAGUUCCUGUGGAAUGAUCGAGCCCUCUAGUGGCGAUUACAUGCCAGUUGAAAAUGUCCAAAACUAAUGCAGAAUUGAUCCGAGAUUAGCUGCAUGUCGUUUGCUGUUCUUGUGUUACGUCAAGACUCUCUCAGAUUACCACUAUAGAUAUUGUGACGUUUUAGAGAAGCAACAAUGAGCGGUUUUAGGAAAGAGAGAAUUUUGAAGAGAAUAUAUGCAGAGACAUUCAGAUUUAAUGUGCUCAUUGCUAAUAAUAUUAUAACCCUCAUGCGCUGUAUGAAUAUAUACUGUAGAUAUAUAUUUUAUUUAUAGGACUGUAAUCAAUGACAUUCAUUUAUUACGCUUUAGAAGAAACACAAAACCACAAGUUGAUGUGUGGCUUUAUUGGGAUCCGUUCAUUUGUCUGCUGUCGUGCUAACGUCUGUCAGUAGUUCUCAGUUACUACAGUUCGCUGCUAUUGUUGAACAAAAGAAGUGUGUGUGUGUGUGUGUGUGUGUGUGUGCGUGCGUGUGUGUUGCGGCUUUAUUCUGAGUGGGGUUCAGUCUGGAUUAAAGACACACACAGGUUUGUAUCAGUGUGCAAGUAUAGCAGCUCUGUUAACAUAUGAAACACUGGAUUGGACUCAGAUCUUUGUUUGUGGCUCAUAGACAUUCACAAGCAAAACAUUGUUCUCUUCAAACAAUUUAUGGCCAUUUUGUUUCCACACUUCCCCUUUACUAUAAAUAAUGUUGCAUUGCGUAACUGCCAUGUCAAGUAGAAAUUGUUUGGCUAUUCAAAUAAUGAGAUACAGAAAAGUUUAACUAAUAAAAAAAUGGUCACAGACGUAUUACAAAAUAAAGGAUAUG